AUCAGACCUGCUGUAGGAUGUCCAGAAAGAAUUUUAUUUCUGACCAGGACAUUCCUGGUUAGAAAUAAAAUUCUUUAAAUUCUACCAGGUAAAUAGUAGGGUGAAUAUGAAGUAAUUAUAUGUAAUUCUGAUCAUGUAGCGCCACAUUGCCACUGGUGCAAGUCUUCCCCUGCACCACUUACUGUAAGUGCUACAAAUUACAACUAUAACAAAACCCAAAUAUUAACAUGGCUUCUCAAAAGAGAAUUACAGUGAAUUGAUCUGUCUUUUCUUUCAGAGAUUUUUCUCAACUUGUUCAGUUUGCUUUUAUCUGUUUUGGAAAUCCACUGAAAUCACCUAACCACCUCAGUUCAUGUAGCCAUAUUUCUGUAGGAGAAAAUGAAUGUGCUGCGUGAAUGAUCCCGGCUUACAAAACAGGUUUGGGAUCCAGGAAACUGCAGGAAGAUUUUCCACAAACUAGGGUGUGGCAGUUUUAUUUCACAGGCAAAAAUACAGGAGUAUUUUGUGUGCAUGAGAAAAAAAGUGUUGGAAGAGGGCGGCUGCUUUCCAACUUGGAUUGUGUUACAAGUGGGAGGGUUUGCAGGGGGAUGGAAUAUGUUCUUGGAAAAAAAAGAAAGAAAAAACUGCGGGCAACUCCCUUCCAGGUAACUCUUGCCAUUUUCGUACUUGGGAGCAUCAACAGAGGUUCUCAGCAGCUUUUCAAGCAGAUCUCACACUCAUCUCAACAUAAUGGAGUCAGCUGAAGCUGUAGCGGCCGAUGUGCACAGCAAGAGAAGUGUUACCAUUGAAAUCUCAAAUAUCACUAACAACUACUGCCUCAUCAAACCAAGAGUGUACCUUGAGAAUGGGGAGACAUACAACCCACCUCAACCUACAGUCCGCCCUCUCAAGACAGAAGUCUGCACUUUCUCUAAGUCUGGCGGCAAAGUAACCGGUGCAAUUGGUGUGAUGACCUACGACCUGUUCGAGAGGUCGCAGAAUGACUACAUUGAGACGCUGGCCAUCAUGUUCUCCGUUCCAUGGGACUACAACCUUUACAAGAACUGGUUCGCAGUGGGCAUCUAUAAAAAGGGCCAAAUCUGUGAUAAAGAGUUAUACAAACAAAUGUACUAUGAGAAAAAACAGCAGGAGCACGGGUUUGUCAGGGAAGAGUCCACUGGGUCAGGUAUCAAUUACGUGGGCAACUAUAUAGAUGUCAGGGCCACCAUGAGCCCCCUGGGCAAUGCUGUGAUGAAGGUGGAGUUGUGGGAUAAACUUUUCACACCAAUGGGCCAGCAGACGUACUAGAGAGCCAUCCUGACCAAUAUUUCUGUCACAUGCUGCAGAAUUCUUCCCUCCCCCUCGAGCGUGUUUACCUGGCAACAUGUAUGAUUUAACAGAUGUAUUGUUGCUGACAUGUGUCUGUAUACGUGGGUAUUACCUCUGAGUAAAUCUGCUUAAAAUCAGAGUUUGGUUUGUUUAUUAAUCCAUAUGGCAUUAUCACCUCCUUUAAAGCCGAAGCCUCUGUCUGUUUCUAUAGCAUCCGUUUUUUAAAUUGCAUCUUUAGAAAUAAAUAUCAAAGGAUGACUCACCAAAGGACGAGGGCACGUGGCUUAAGAAAUCACACCUUGGGCUUUUUCUGUAUUUAUCUUGACACAGUAGGAAUAAAAUAAACCUUUCACUUCA